GAGGAAAUGAAAUUACCAGUGAUUGACUAUGAACACCUAAUGGAAACCUACAAUUACACGCCCAAGAUGAUGAAAAAUUGGGCCACUGAAAACGAGACUUUCGACAAGCAGCUUGAUGGCCCGGAUGUUCCUGUGGGAGUUUUGGAAUCUAUUAUUGAGAGGGGAAAACUUAUUGAUGACCUGUACAGAGUUUUUGAAAGUGAAAUCAAUGAUGAUCAAAAGAAGGCGAUGAAGAAGAAAGUCUAUGAUGCUGUUAAGCCAGAUGACAAACUACAGACCCUGCUUGAGAAGCUCAAAUUAGAACGCAAAGAAAAGGAAAAAGCAGAUAAGAAAUCGGAAGCUCAGCAAAAAGCACCACCGAAACAAAAGCAGCCGCAACCGCACCAACAGGGAAAGGGGAAAGAAAAGAGGAAAAAGCGGAGAUAAAAAAAAAAUAUAUAUUUAGUUUGUGGGCUGGGGCUUUAUCUAUUCUGAUCAUGGUUGUUAUCAUUAGUGAUUUAGUGGGAUGAUAGAAUAGCAACAACCACAUUAAGGGAAAGGAAAGAGUGGAAAGGAGAAAUGAGAAGGAUAUACUAUAAAUUUUGGGGCCUUGGCUGUACUCUGAUUAUGGCUGUUUUCAUUGCUGAUUAAGUGUGGAAUGAUAGAAUAUUAAAUGCUUGUUAUGGGAUCUUUUUUUAUAUAUCUUGCUUUUCUGAUAGUUUA